GUUGCGGUGUGAAGCCCCGCCUCCAUCUCCGGCGGGUGCUCCGUUGCACUCUCCCUGACUACUACCUCCCCAGGAAUCACACGCGCCUAGCAACAAACCAUGCCUCUGGCGGCGUUGCUAGAACCGACAAAUCGUCAGGUCAUUGAGGUUGAAGAGCCUGGCUCUCCCAUGACCGAGCGGGGUAUAAAUGGUGACCAGCAACAAUGGCCUCUGCACAGAUACACCCAGAUCAAUUCCUUCUCAGGUCUGACCGAAGUUCGGGCCUACUUCCAGUCAUCAAUCGACCAUGCCACGCGAAGACGUCGAGUUCAAAACGCAGGACGGGGUCACUCUGCGAGGGUGGCUAUACACCCCGUCCGUGCCGGCACCCUCCAGUGGGCUGCCAUGCAUCGUCAUGUGUCACGGCUUCGGCGCCGUCAAGGAGAUGGGCAUCGACGCGUUCGCCGAGCGCUUCACCACGAGCAUCCCCGUCUGCGCACUGGUCUACGACAAUCGCAAUCUCGGCGCCAGCGACGGCCUGCCCAGACAGGAGAUCAUCCCUGCCCUGCAGUGCUCGGAUUACAGCGACGCAAUCACCUACGCGCAGUCCCGACCCGAGGUCGAUCCGCGAAGAGUCGCCAUCUGGGGCACAAGUUACAGUGGCGCCCAUGUGCUUUCGGUUGCUGCCGUCGAUCGUCGGGUGAAAGCCGUGAUAAGCCAGGUCAUGGUCGCGGACGGGUGGGCCAACUUCCACCGCCUCGUGAGGAACGACUUGGUCAAGGACAUGGAGGCCAUGUUUGAGAAAGGCGAACAGGGUCGCGCGAGAGGCGAACUGCCCAUGACCAUCCAGAGCGUCUCGGCGAAUCCCGAGAAGGAGCUCUGCGUCCUCCCCACACCCGACAGCUGGGAGUACGUGUCGACCUGGAUCAAGAAGCUCCCUGGCGUGAAUGCCAAGAACGAAGUGACCGUGCGAAGCAUGGAAGCCUUUCGCGCGUACAAUGCCUCGGGCUACAUCCACCACAUCUCACCCACGCCGCUGCUCAUGGUGGUUGCCGACAAGGACGAGCUGACGCCGACGGACAUCGCCAUCGAGGCCUACUCGCGCGCCCGAGAGCCCAAGCAGUUCCACCUCUUCCCCGGCGGGCACUAUGCGGGCUACUUUGGCGAGGCCUUUGACAAGAGCACGGCCGUGCAGAUCGAGUUCUGGAAAAAGUGGUUGCUUGUGUAG